CAGGACAGGCUCCAAAGCCACAGAGAAACCCUGUCUCGAAAAACCAAAAAAAAAAAAAAAAAAAAGAAAUCCAUAUUAAGGGGCUAAGGACGUAGUUCAGGUGGUACAGUGCUUGCUUGUUAUAACCUACCUUACCCUAGAUUAAACACUUAGUAUAAUCUUAGUACUUACAGGUGACAGCAAGAGGAGCUGGAGUUCAAGGUCAGCCUUGGUUUCCUAACAGUUUGAGUCCAACCUGGGCUCCAAAAAACAACCUGAGACUCUUAAAAAGCAAAACAAGUACUACUUUAAGAUUUGGCUCAAGUCUCACUACAGAGUUCAUGACCUUUUCAGGGUCUUUUUUAGUCUUCUACCAGGGCUCCAUUGGCUUUGGUAGCAGUCGUGAAAUAGCCUCUACAGGCUCUUAAAUCAGCAGUUCUCAACCUGUGUGUUGUGGUAACUGCGUAUCAGAUAUUAAAGUUAGGAAGUAGCAAUGAAAUGAUUUUAUGGUCGGAGUCACACAACAUGAGGAGCUGUGUUAAAGGUUGCAGCAUCAGGAAGCCUGAGAACCACCAUCUUACAGUGAUUCAGAUCCUGUUCACUUGUGUAUUUUAUUCUUAGAACCAAGCAGUUCUUAUUGUCAGUGGUCUAGAUAGUACGUGCGCAUGCACAGAUAUUGGGCAUACAUUUGGUAGGACAGCAUGUUGUACCUGUUUCUUCGCUCUUCCCACUCCCAUCAGAAAGCCUACCCAUCUUCAACCAAUUUUUGGUGCAUCCUUUGGGUUCCUUUUAUUUUUAUUUUUUAAGAGGCAGAGUCUCAGCCAGGUGGGGCAGCAUAUGGCUUUUCCCACUCAAGAGGCAGAGGCAGAGGCAGGCAGAUCGAUGUGGUUUCCAGGCCAGCCAGGACCACAUAGUCUGUCUCACAGCAGAAACCCUAGCACUGCUGACACUGCCUCUUGGCAGGGUGCAGAUCCACAGUGAAUGGCUCACACUCCCGCUCAAAAGGGGGCAGGGCAGCAAAGGGAAAUGGAAGGAGGGUCUUGUGUGUCCCAGCUGGCCUGUGAACUCAGGUAGCUGACGGUGACUUGGACUUCUAAACCUGCCCCCUCCUCCCAAGUGCUGGCAUUACAGCUGUAUUGCCUGCCACCAAGCCCAGUGACUGCAAUGCUGUUGAACCCAGGGUUUUGUGCAUACCAACCAAACACUACUGAGCUGCAGCCCCAGCCCAGCCCUUGCUCUUUUUCUAAACGUGCACAUAUUUGGGGAGGAGUUAAAAUACGAGUUCACAUCACAUGUGCUGUUUUACUUCGUAAAUUGAAGCUUAUAUAUUUGUCUUAGGAAUUUUCAAAGUAGUUAGAGAUUUCAGUGAUUUUUCAUCUAAUAGUUCAACAAUUUAUUAAAAAUAAAACAUUUGGCUAGGUGUGGUUUGAAUGUUUGUAAUGCCAGCAUUUGGGAGGUAGAGGGACUGGAGUUCAAGGCUAAGCUGGUGAGAUGCCAGACCACCUGAGUUCUGCAUGGGACCUGAUGCAGUGGAACAGCGCUCCCUCCCCAAGUCUUCUGACGCCACACAUACCGUGGCACCCACCUUUGUGUAAACACAUGGCACGAGUACUUCUCCAUACGUGUCGUGACACAUGCCUGCCUGUGAACACGUGCUGGAAAUAAAUGGAUUUUUAAAAGGGGGUCUAAGGCAACUUUGCUUUGACGCCAGGUUACAAGAAUCGGUUUGAAAAGUCAAAAAGCUUGUCCAGUGUCAUGCAGCUGGUACCUAGGGGCUCUAGGCAUGUCCUACUUUGUCCUUGUCGUCUGUGUGCUGACUCCUUGACGGAAGCAAGAGAGAGAAGUCAUGUACAGUAACUACAUGGGAGAACACUUAAGACGCUUAACUAGGAGAGUUAGGACUUGGAAAGAGCUGACAUCCUGGAGGGCCUAGAACAGGUAAGGGGGCACCGAGCUGAGAACACACAGAGUAGACUUGUCUGAAGCCAGACCAUAGUCCAGAAGCAGGGAAAUCUGAUAACAUUUAAUAUCCAUUUAUGUGUCAGGCAGGUUGUUCCAGGAGAGCCUUCAGAAAGGGCAGGGCAGGAAGGGCAGGUAGUUCCAAAUACGAGGAAGUGUGUGUUGGCUGAGGGGCUUGCCACACAGGUGCAGUUGUGUCUAAUAUCAGUGCUAAAGAGAAGCACGAACCAAGAAACGGCCUGAGCAUGGUAUGGAACAACCCCACGACAGCUUUGGAAUGACCGGGAUCUAGGUACCACAGCUUAAGUUUUCAGGAAGGGUUUGAAUCAUGAAAAGGGAGACUGGCAAGACCGCCUAAAAUUACUAGAACCCCUUCUAAAAACUGAAGCCCUCGCACAAACACAAGACGGCAGCACGGUGCUGUUACGGAAAGGGUGUUGAGGGAAAACAGGAAGGAAAAGGUCAGUGACUCCAGGACAGAGCCUUUCUGAACGUAACCGAGGGCAGAACAACCAGGAGAGGUGAAGAGUUGGCUGUCUUGGACACCUGCCUCUGCCAGCUUAGGGGAGGGAACAUAUCUUAGAAGAAACGAGAACAAAUGCAGUCUUGUGCUUGAAUCCUGUCGGUCACCAGUUGGCAUGAUGACCUCCUUGGGCAGGUUCCUUAGCUGUAAAAUGGGAAUAAUUGUGCCUCCCGUGAUUCGAAGGUUAGAGACUAACGCCCCCUUUACAGUGGGUAAUGAAAUGGCAAAUAGGUGCUAUCACAUGACCCUCGUCAUAGGACUGAAAGGCCAACAGAUGGGUCAGAAUUCGCAACCUCGGAUCACAGCGUACGGGAAUGCUGGCUUCUUCCCUCUAGGAGGUGGGGACAAGCAGGGGGAGGAGGAGCUCGCUCCUUGCGACCCGCCCAUACCAGUCUGGCCUGGAGCUGAGGAUCCUGGUCGCCUGCAUGCGCACAGCCUGUCCUGGUGCCCCGGUACCCCAACCAGGUCUGGUCAUGUCCCUGCGCCCCUUGCUCUGGCCGCUCCAGCUGCUGCUGCUGCUGCUGCUCAAUGGGUCGGUGUGCCGAGCUGAGGCUGGGCCAGAAACCGAAAGUCCUGUCCGGACCCUCCAAGUGGAGACCCUGGUACAGCCCCCAGAAUCGUGUACAGAAUCCGCUGCCUUUGGAGACACACUCCACAUCCACUACACGGGCAGCUUGGUAGACGGACGCAUUAUUGAUACCUCCCUGUCUAGAGAUCCUCUGGUGAUAGAACUUGGCCAAAAGCAGGUGAUUCCAGGUCUGGAGCAGAGCCUUCUGGACAUGUGUGUGGGAGAGAAGCGAAGAGCAGUCAUCCCUUCUCACUUGGCCUAUGGAAAGCGAGGGUACCCGCCAACCAUCCCAGCGGAUGCAGUGGUCCAGUUUGAUGUGGAGUUGAUUGCAUUGUUUCCAGCCAACUACUGGCAAAAGCUGCUGAAGCGCUUUUUGCCUCUGGUAGGCAUAGCUAUGGUGCCGGCACUCCUGGGUCUGAUCGGGUAUCACCUAUACAGAAAGGCCAGCAGACCCAAAGUCUCCAAAAAGAAGCUGAAAGAAGAGAAACGAAACAAGAGUAAAAAGAAAUAAAUAGUGAUCUUUAA